UAAAUUAGCAGCGUCAAUCACAUCAACAUAACCCCCUCCUUGUAAUGAGUGAGCUAGGCGAGCCCAAAAAAAAAACAACUGCCCCGCCAUCCCCGACAUUCUCCCCCUAACAAUUCACUUCAUUGACCUUUAACCCCGCCAUCCCUCAACGCAACCCGCCUCCUCGACUUCUUCUUGCUUUGUGUUUUUUCACCGCAAUCUUGAAUCGCUCAGUCAGAACAAAGAAAGAAAUCCAUUGAAAAUGCCUGUUGGAACUGUUCUUGUCACCGGUGGUACCGGCUACAUCGGCUCUUUCACCACGCUCGCCCUUCUUGAGCACGGAUACGAUGUCGUUAUCGUCGACUCCCUCUACAACUCCUCAGAGGUUGUCCUAGACCGCAUUGAGCUGAUCUGCGGUCGCCGACCUACCUUCUACAAGGUCGAUGUCACAGACGAGAAGGCCAUCGACGAGGUCUUUGCAAAGCACCCUGCCAUUGACAGCGUCAUCCACUUUGCUGCCCUCAAGGCUGUCGGCGAGUCUGGCGAGAUCCCUCUCGAGUACUACCGUGUCAAUGUCGGUGGCAGCAUCUCCCUGCUCCGCUCCAUGGAGCGCAACAACGUCAACAACAUCGUCUUCUCAUCCUCCGCUACUGUCUACGGCGAUGCUACUCGUUUCCCCAACAUGAUCCCUAUCCCUGAGCACUGCCCCAUUGGACCUACCAACACAUACGGCCGCACCAAGUCCAUGAUCGAGGACGUUAUCACCGACUUUGUUAACGCCCAGCGAAGCAACUUAGAGAAGGCCGGUAAGGAGUUCAAGCAAUGGAACGGUGCUCUGCUGCGAUACUUCAACCCUUGUGGUGCUCACCCCACUGGUAUCAUGGGUGAGGACCCCGCUGGUGUUCCUUACAACCUGCUUCCCCUCCUCGGAAAGGUUGCUACUGGUGAACGUGAGAAGCUCUUGGUAUUCGGCGAUGACUACUCCUCUCGCGACGGUACUGCCAUUCGAGACUACAUUCACGUUGUUGACCUUGCCCGCGGCCACCUUGUCGCUCUUAACUACCUGCGCGAGAACCAGCCCGGUGUCAAGGCAUGGAACCUGGGUUCCGGCCGUGGAAGCACUGUCUUUGAGAUCAUCAAGGCCUUCAGCAAGGUCGUCGGCCGCGAUCUCCCCUACGAGGUCAAGCCCCGACGACAGGGAGACGUUCUCGAUCUCACUGCCAACCCCACCCUCGCCAAUAAAGAGCUCAACUGGAAGACCGAGCUCACCAUGGAGAAGGCUUGCGACGACCUCUGGAAAUGGGUCAGCAACAACCCCAAGGGUUACCGACAAGAUCCUCCCGCCGAGAUGGUUGAGGCUGUCAAGUCUUCCAAGGCUUAAAAAUAGAAGAAAUGAUGACCGAGGCCACCCUUGUGCGAGCAGGCCUCUUGCAGUUUACGGAGCGAGAUGAAAACUUGUUAAAAAGAUUUAUGUUUUUUGGUCAUGGUUGAACCAUCCAUAUAGCAUUAUAGACAGACAGCGUUGAAAAUAAAAAUUAAAAGGCUAGACUUAAUCGAUUUUAAUGAGCAACUUUCCAAU